AUACUACGCUAUCUGCUGCCAGCCUCUGGUCUACCGGAACAAAAUGACGCCCAUGCGAGUGGCUUUAAUGAUCGGCGGCUGCUGGGUCAUUCCCACUUUCAUCUCCUUCCUGCCCAUCAUGCAGGGCUGGAACAGCAUCGGCAUCGACCACCUGAUUAACGAGCGGCGCUUCAACAACAGCAGCAACACCACGUCCUGCGUCUUCAUGGUCAACAAGCCGUAUGCGCUCACCUGCUCCUUGGUGGCCUUCUACAUCCCUCUGGUCCUCAUGGUGCUGGCCUACCAGAGGAUCUACAUUACAGCCCGGGCGCACGCCCUGCAGAUCAGCAUGCUGCAGCGGGCCGGAGGAGCUGGUACCAGUGCCGCCGGGACUUCUGGCGGGGUCAGCGCUGGUGCGCCGGAUUCUGCCGACCAUCAGCGCAACCACCGCAUGCGAACAGAAACUAAGGCGGCAAAGACGCUGUGCAUCAUCAUGGGCUGCUUUUGCCUGUGCUGGGCGCCGUUCUUCGUUACCAAUGUGGUGGACCCCUUUAUAGACUAUACCGUGCCCGAACAGCUGUGGGCUGCCUGCCUGUGGCUGGGCUACAUCAACUCCAUGCUGAACCCCAUCCUCUACGCGUUCCUCAACAAGUCCUUCCGCCGUGCCUUCCUCAUCAUCCUGUGUUGCGGGAGGCAGAGGUACCGCAGACCGUCCAUCCUCGGUUCUGGCGCUCCGUGCACGGCCACGCAGAUCAACGGCUCCACGCACGUGCUCAAUGGCUGUUCCUCUGCCUCCAAGCUCCUGCUCUGGUUCUGCAACACCAGACCAGUGCCUGUCUAGCUGCUGUCUGUCUCAAGGCUCUAUCAAGUAUUGCGUGCUCCACAAUGGGAACCACUCAGAGCAGGAGAAGAAGUCCCUGCACACCCACAUAGAGUCUCACGAGUCCUGCUUGUGACCAACAACACAGACACCGCCGCCUUCACACAUCUGGAGCUGAAAUCCGUCAUCAAUACUACGAAUCCAGAGCCCAGGGGGACUUUAGCGGUGUGUCAGAGCGGCGGGACACUGCCAGUGGGCCAUCUGGUUACAAAGCUCCGCCGAGACUUGACCCACCCGUGAGGCAAGCAUAUAAAGCCAGCGCCGCGUCGUGUUGGUUCUGUCGUCCGCAGAGGCUGAGUGACCCCGAGCGGAACCAGGACAGCGAUGUCAUCAGCAGGCCGCUGGGCGCCACACAUGGCGGUGGCGUCUGUAGGAAGAUGUGAUUAAUGACUUGGAAGUGAAUCAUGUGGCCAAAGCGUUCCGAUGACAGCGGACCCGUUUGUGAUUGCGUUGUUUCCACGAUGUCCCUGUAAAUGAGCCUUUAAACCAAGUGUUUCAGUUUCUAACUCUGCUUUUUCUGAACAUCCACACAAAGUCUCCUGAAUCCUUACUCGGCUGAGAGCAAAAGGCUGUAUUUAAGCCUUGAUUUAAACUGUCCAAGUGCAUUAUUACAGAGGCUGCUGUGCUCAUACACCACCAUCUGAAUGAUUGUCUCUCUUCCACAGUGAGAGCUGCAAUGAGUGAUUGGAAGUGUCGCUUCGGUGUUGUCAGAGGUGUUUGUGAGGCUCUCAAAGGUGAUUCAGCCCGUGUUACAUCCAUACCACCCUGACGCACCACGUCCCCUCUGCACAAACAAGUGUCUGCAUUUGCACUCAUGAAGCCUGAACAAGCCGACCGCUCGCAGUCACGUCUGUUUCCCUGCGUGCCUCCAUGCAGGACUCUUCCUGCUGCUGCUGCUGCUGCUGUGUUUUUUCUCAUUAGCACGAGGAAUCGGAUUAAAGCCCGUCACACAUCGGCCGUGUCAUUUCACACGAUGAAUUUGUCCCGUUUGUUUUUCCAGACUAAACUGAGUCUGACCAGUCAGAUCACUGUGUUUGUUAACAAAUUGCAGCAUGUUUUUUGCAACACGCUCGAUGUGUAAAGGCCUCGAUUCGAGGAAGCUUCCGUUAACGUGGCCCAGCACCUCUGGAGUCUCUAAGCGCUACGACACGCAGGACGCCGGUUAAAAGUAAACUCACCAGAGCAUGAAUGUCACAGCUAUCGUCCCCUAUCACCCUCACUUGUGCUGAAGGUGGCUAAGAGACUUGGGCGUGUGAGGCUCGAACUGCAACUCUGUGACGUGUACGUCUUCAUUUUACAGUCGGUGAUUUCUUAGGCGCUCACAGGCAGGUCUGACACACCCAGUUAAACCGUGACGCGGCACCAAAACACACACAGCAUUAGAGAAUAGCAGGAGGCAAAACAGAAGCACGGUCCAGAGGCAGAUCCUGUGCUUUGGCGGGACAGUGAUGAAAUUAAAGUUGCUGCCGCGGCUUCUCUGCCGCUGAUUUAAAUUGGCCCUUUUUGCUAACAUUGUGGUCGUGACAGUCCAACGAACCCAGGUCACUCUAGGGCUGCUUAGUAUCUGCUUACUGUGGAGAUUUGUGGUCCUCUUUUGGUCAAAAUGUUCUUCACAAAAAAACGAUGGAAGGUUUGACUGUGAGCAAACAUGAAAGUUUAACAUUGGAGCAGGCUCUCCUCCUGCUCUCUUUACUGGAAACAAUGGUGCUGGAGCGCAUUCAGCUAAUUGUUUCUGGCUCUUCUUUUUUUGCUGAGAAAACAUUCCUCUCACUGCACAGAGCUGUCAAUGAAAAGAUAUCUAUAAAGCAACAAAAUUCAGAGACCAAGGCUGAUGUCAUACAGAGGCAGAGACAAACGGUCCUCUCAGAUCUCUUAAUCAGAGGGACGCACUGCUGAGCGCUGAUGCUGCGGCACAAAGGCAGACGAGGAGCUCUUGACACGGAAAGGUAAUUAGACAUCACGUUCAGGCUCCCAGACUGACACCAACACCCGUACUGCUCCGGCACGCGGGUGGAUGUGAGCUGCAGUUGGAUAUGUGCAGAUGGUGAGCAUGGUCAUAAAAAAGUUUUUCCAUUAUGCUUUGGCCUGCAAAUGCACUGCGAGACCGGUAACGCGGGCGUGUUUUGUUCCUACGCAUAUCUGUGGACUCAAGUAUGACUUUAAAUUUAAAAGACAUUGAAAUUAAGGCUUCAUUGUUCCAUGUUUACACCAACUCAUAAGAAUUCAUGAGAAAACAGUGUGCCCAGACUGUGGUUAGACCUCGGUUCAUAAUGUUCUUGCAUUCGAUUCUCCAAAAUUGAAAAGCAGUUGGCUUUCAGGGCUCAGACCCGUUCCACCUCUGCCCACAAUCCUUUGCAAUUUGGAGUAAUUUCCUGUAACCGGAUCAGAUGCUGUUCUCACUGCUCGCCUCUCUGAAGGUGCAGCUCCGACCCAGGCUGCCUGUUUCUGUGCCAGUGUCCCUGAGAGCGGGAGAGCAGGGCAAUAGGUUCGUAAAGGGCCGUGAAGAUUUUAGCAAACAGAAAAUAUUCUUCAAAGCUGCUUUUGUUAUGACAAGUUCCUGAACUGUUCCUGAUGUGGAGGCCUAGCAGGAGUUUAUCAAAAUGAUUUCUCAUUUAUUGUUAUUGUUAUUAUGUGUGACACCAGAGUCCUCACACAGCUGAUCUUUAAGUCGUCCAGUGUUCUGAGCAUCGGUGACAUGAAGCGUGCGGGUGAGAUAAUCCGAGCCGGUUGGCGAGCAGCAGCAUCUCCUCCUUCUAAAGUGAAUUCUGGCUUUAAGCAGCUGAUCCGUCCCUUGGUAACAUCGCUGCAGACAGUGUCUCUGAAUCAUCAGUCUUCCUUUUAACUGUCUCUCUGUGACAUCAGUCGGUGCCUGUCCUUGUGUGUGUUGGAAACCUGAGCUCUCCAACCUUUGCAAACUCUAGUGGGACAGUUGUUUUUUAAACAGACCAAAAGCAUCACCUGUCUGUUUGGAGAGCAGGUGUGAGGUCAGAGGGCCAUGCAGCCAAACCGGAAAUGCCUCCAUGAUUCCACGUGUGAGGACAUGUAGGUCUUAUCAAGUCUGACGACAGCCUUGGAUUAGCGCUGCGUGCUCACGCUCAGAGUUCUGCGGAGGAGCUCAAGUCUCUCGUUUAAUGUUCGGCUUUGUGACUACAGAGGUCAGUUUCUACUCUCCGUUUCUACUCUCACUAGAGCCUAAAAGCACAGGCAGCAGCAGGAUGUAGUGGAUAUUUAUUAAUCUGGCCACACAAAGUUUGUGCCUGCGGUUAAAGGAAGGAAACAGAUGAGUUAAAUUUCAGCCUGUUCAAAGCAUUUAGAGAGAGAAACACAAAAGACAUCACAUCUUCAUAUCUUGGGGGAGGGGGGCUGUGACUGCACUACAGCUUCAUUGUGUUCAUAACAGGUUUCUGCUUUCUUAUGCUCACACAUCAUCUUGGGACCGAAGCUCUUGACUUGGCGGAGGAUGCCGCCCACAUGCUUCAGCGUUUCACGGCUGCUGUCCAAGUCCUGCUUUAUAGGAAACACAGCUGGAUCUUUUAUUGAUGGCAUUGACAGAAUCAGGAUAAAGACUUCCAGCAGAGUGCAGAAUGUAUGCAUGCAGCAGGAUGUGAACAGCAGCUGCCGGCUGCACUAUAGUGCGUCUUCCUCCUGCUCUGAAUCACGUCUGCAGAACCCGUCAGAGGUUUGCUCCAAACCUCCGAUGGGUUCUUUAACUUCUGUUCACAGCCUGCAGCAUGAAUGUGUAUAUAAAUUAAACAUAUAACUCCCAUAACCUGUCCAAAGGAGACAAAAUGACUUUUAUAAAACUCUUCAGUAUUUAUUUUGACAGAACAAAAUGGGUAUUUUCAUGUAUUAAAAGAGCAGAAAAGCUUCUCUUUCAGGGAGCUGACAUGUGUAUGACUUUGUUUCUGUUGCUAUGUGACAGUUCUGAUAAAGGAGAAUUAAAGAAACGUUGAUAA